AUGGGCGAGAACGUCCUCCACGGCGGCAACAUGACGUUAGACUAUGAGCCCAUUGCCAUCGUUGGCGUGGGUUGUCGCCUGCCCGGCGACACAACCUCACUUGCGAAUCUCUGGGAUCUCAUGCGCAAGUCAAAGGCCGCACAUACGGUGGUGCCGUCUCAAAGAUGGAAUUCGUCGGCUUGGCAUCACCCGAAUCAAGAUAGGAAGGGCGCUGUUGCACCGGACUCGGCCUUCUUUCUCAACCAAGAUGUUGCCUCCUUCGAUGCUCCAUUCUUUUCGACAACACCUGCGGAGGCUGCGGGGAUGGACCCGCAGAAGAGAAUGCUACUUGAAGUGACCUAUGAGAGCUUGGAGAACGCUGGCAUGUCAUUGGAAAGUGUUGCAGGCUCGCUCACUGGCGUCUAUGUGGGCUGCAUGACCAACGACUAUGAAAUCUUGUCAACAGACGACAUCUAUGACCAGCCGCACAUGGCUGCAGCUGGAAGCAGCGAGGCUAUGACAGCCAAUCGCGUCUCCUGGUUCUUCGACUUUCGGGGACCAAGUUUCACACUAGACUCGGCAUGCUCAUCUAGCCUGAUUGCAUUGCAUCUUGCUUGCCAGUCGCUGAGGCUGCGAGAAACAGACAUGAAUGUCGUUGCUGGUGUCAACCUGAUGCUUCACCCUAGGACUUCGAGUCAACUGACCGCAAUGCACAUGCUAAGCCCCGAUGGGACAUCACACAGUUUUGAUGACAGAGCAAAUGGUUACGGUCGUGGUGAGGGUAUUGGUGCCAUCAUUGUCAAGAGACUCUCUGAUGCAGUACGCGAUGGCGAUACGAUCAGGGCAGUGAUCCGAGGUUCUGCCACGAACGUCGACGGCAAGACUCCCAGUGUGACCAUGCCGAGCACGGAAGCACAGGCGGAACUCAUCAGGACAGCCUACAAGGUAGCUGGUCUGCCAUUAGAGGACACUGCUUAUGUUGAGCUUCAUGGAACGGGGACGCCCCUGGGAGACCCGAUAGAGCUAGCAGCAAUUGCGUCGACUUUCGGGGCGUGCGGUCGGCCGGAUAAAGCACCAGUAUAUGUUGGCAGUAUCAAGCCCAACGUUGGACAUACCGAGGGUUGUGCAGGCCUUGCAGGCGUACUAAAGGCUAUUGUCUCGCUUGAGAAAGGAGUCAUCUUGCCCACUGCCGGAGUUGAAACUGUCAACCCCAAACUCAAAUUCGAUGCGUGGAAACUCGCUUUAGCACCUGAUGUUAUCCCUUGGCCUACAGAUGACCCUCGACGUAUCAGUGUCAACUCGUUUGGGUUUGGGGGAGCUAAUGCGCAUGUGAUCAUGGAUGAUGCCUACCACUACAUGAAACAGCAUGGUAUCAAGGGAUUUCACUCAACUGAAGUGCCUUCGACAUUGUCUAAUGGUACCGCACAUAACACUAUGGAGACGAGACCAGCCGAUCAGAAGCUCUUCGUCUUCAGUGCUCGGGACCAGCCAGGGCUCUCAAAGCUGGCCGCAGCCUUCCAGAGCUACACCAACUCUGCCGAGCAAGGCAUGUCGUCUGAAAAGAAGGCGAAACUUCUUGCCAACAUAGCCUAUUCUCUUGCUCACAAGCGGUCACUAUUCGACUACCGGUCAUCGGAGGUCGCCAGCUCACUAGAACAACUUGCCAAGCAGCUCGAGAAGGGGUUGCCACGUGUGCUACGUCGCUUGGCCAAGUCGGAAGGCGUUGCCUUCGUUUUCACUGGUCAAGGGGCACAGUGGGCCGGAAUGGGUAAAGAGCUCUUGUCGAACCCAGUGUUUGCGAAGAGCAUCGAGACGAGUCGGAAUUGCUUGGCCUCUCUUGGGUGUCAAUUUGACCUGCUAGAGGAGUUGCAAAGAACGGCCGAUAGCAAGGUGGAUUCACCAGAGUAUAGCCAGCCUCUGUGUACAUCUGUGCAGAUUGCACUGGUGGAUCUUUUGAGAUUUUGGGGCGUACAGCCAAAGGCUGUUGUUGGACACUCAAGCGGUGAAAUCGCUGGAGCUUACGGUGCGGGUAUCAUCACACAUGAAGACGCCAUCAAAGUUUCGUACUUCCGCGGCGUAUACUCCCUUAAGGUUGCGAAAGGUCCUCGCCGAGGUGCCAUGCUCGCAGCAGGCAUCUCAGAGGAGGACGCCCUCAGGAUCUUGAAGGCAAGAGGAUACAAAGGGGUCGUCACGACGGCAUGUAUCAACAGCCCCAAUAGUGUGACUUUAUCAGGUGAUGUGGACGAGAUCACCGCCCUCGAGAGUGAGAUCUCCAAGAGUGGUAAAUUUGCACGCAAGCUGCGUGUCUCAACCGCCUAUCACUCUGCACAUAUGCAAGACGUCGCGGAAGAGUGUCUCGCAGCAAUGACCGCGGUAGGGGUUGCCGACCCGCGCGAAACCGACGUCCCGAUGUUUUCGUCUCUCACAGGAGAUUUGAUCACCUAUACCGAAGUCGACAAGACAUACUGGGUUCGCAACAUGACACAACCAGUCCGGUUCUCUCAGGCGGUGCACCAGCUACUCACUCGCGCACCAGACCCGAGCCGCUCGAGGGGCCGUGCAACAACGCCGCGAAAGUGGAACUCGCUCGUCGAGAUCGGGCCACACUCGGCACUCAAGGCGCCCCUCGUGCAGAUCAUGGAGAACGUCAGCAAGAAACUGGCCACCGAGCUGGAAUACACAUCAAUGCUUUCCCGCGGUGAAGACGCCGUCACUACAUCUCUCAAGUGUGCUGGUACCUUAUGGGCAUUGGGGAAUCCACUUUCCUUGGCAUGCGUGAACAGUGAAGAAGAGGCUGUUGGCCUUCAGCUACUGACAGACCUGCCCUCGUAUCCUUGGAACCACGAUAGACAAUAUUGGCACGAGCCAAAGACUAUGAGGUCUGAGAGACUCAAGACUGUGGCGCGAUCAGACCUGCUUGGCUUCCCGGUUGACAAUCAGAACCCUUACGAGCCUCAGUGGAAGAACUACUUGCGCAUCAGCGAGAACCCCUGGAUCGAGGAUCACGCUAUCACGGGUACGACGCUAUACCCAGCUGCCGGCAUGCUUGUCAUGGUCAUUGAGGCGGCGCAACAGAUUGCCAGCCCUGAUCAGCUGGUCCGUGGAAUUGAGUUUCGGGAUGUGCACUUCGAAAGAGGCCUCGUUGUUCCAAGCGACGGUGCCAUCGAGACACUCCUUAGCAUCAAGCAGCCGACUUCUGGUGACGACAAUUACCAAUUCACCGUCUUCUCUAAUCUCGGCACUGGCCCCUGGUCCAAGCACUGCCGCGGCGCCUUCUCAAUCCAGUACGAGGAUAAAGUAAACGGACCCGCCGAUGCUGGUGAUCCGGCAACAUUCGAGUGGAAAAGACGAACUGAUCUGUAUAAUCAUAUCAAGAAUCUCCCAGGGAAAGAAGCCGAUGUCGAAAAGCUCUAUGAAGACCUCGAGGCGAUAGGAAUGGAGUACGGCGAGACGUUCCAGAACCUCACCUCGUUGAUGAUUGCCGAGAAUGGUGCUGGGUGUCACGGGACAGUGAAAGUACCGGACACUCUUAGCAUCAUGCCUGACAACUAUGAGUACCCUCAUUGCAUUCACCCGGCAACGCUAGACUCCAUCUUCCAUCUCAUGGUUGCUACCAUCUCGGAUGGCUCAACCAUGAAGGAAGCCGCAGUGCCCUUCCACCUCAAACGGAUGUAUGUUGCGAAUGAGUUGCCUCAUGUCGCAGGCUCUCUGUUCCAUGGGUACGCCAACCUCGACUUCAAGGAUGGCGACUUGCUCAGCGCCAGUAUGGUCGUCUCCGAUGAGACAUGGCGGGAGCCCAAAGUCAUCGUGGACAGUCUCAUCAUGAAGCAAGUCACAGGCGGCUCUGCUGAUGCAUUGGGCCAGGACUCUGCUACCGACGUUGAGCCGCGGUGCACAAAGCUGGUGUGGAAUUUGGAUCCGUCCCUCUUUAUCAGAACAAAGAACAUCGCGUAUGGGCAGUCUGCAUUGACGACGCUUGAAGCUGUCAGAGGCCUGAGGGACUGGCUCGAGAUUGAAUACCACAAGUCGCCGCUCAAGUCCGUGUUGCUGAUAGGAAGCUCCAUCAGCCGAGAUAUCGUGCAGGAGUUAAGUGCGCUCAGUCGACUCAAUGGGACAUACCAGAGCAUUUCUCAACUUGUCGUUUCUGACACGACCGAGACGGGACUUGAGUUGUGGCGCGCUGCUAUUGCGUCAACUGGACUCACAUUGGACACGGUAUUCAAGGUGUGGAAUCUUGACGACGAUAAUUUCUCGCCCCUGGCGGACCACUCGUUCGAUCUGAUCAUCACGGGUGGACAUUGGCCAGGCUCGCGUGUGCAGUCACUUCUGGAUAAGUCGCUGCAGCCGGAGGGGCGACUUCUCGUGCUCGAAUCAGUCCCAGAUGACACAUCCGAGAAUCGGCUUGAGGCCAAUGGGGUAUCUCAUCACAAGUUCGACAAGCAGGGCAUCAAGCUCGAGGGUGGGAUACUCACCGUUGCUGCAAAGGCUCGACAAGAUCACCCUGGUAUUGAAAGGAUGGCAUUGCUCCUACCCUCUGACAUACUCGAUGACAUAACCGCAAUUCUUGCCAGUAAUCUCGAAUCAGUUCUCAAGCUACGGAACAUCACAGUGAGCAGAGUGACAAUGUUGGAUAAGGGGGCUCUCUCGGGCCAUCGCUACUUCAUCUCCCUCCUUGAUCUACAGCAUGGGUUUGCGGACCGCUGGACUGCCUUCGAGUUUGAUCAGUUCAAGGAGCUGAUCCAUCAUGCAGAGCAUAUCUUCUGGCUCGGCAAGGGUGGCCAAAUGAUCAAGCCAUCAGAGGAAGGCUUGUCCAAGUCAUCCACUACAGGACUGUUCCGCGUGCUGCGCAACGAGUCACCACAAGUCGCUUUGAUUCAGCUCGAUCUGUCAUCUACAUGUGAUGUUACCAGCACCAGCACCGCCGAGCUUAUCGCACACACGUGGGCAGCAAGUAUCGCCACAGAUGCAGAGCAGACUGAGCGCGAGUUUGCCGAACAUCAAGGGGCGGUACUAAUCCCCCGCUUUGUGCAGCUGCAGGCAUUCGACAACGAGAUCGCCAUCGCGACCGGCGCUGCGCCGGCAACACUGGUAAAGAUGGGCUCUAAAGGGCCAUUACGUCUUGAAGUGAAGCAGAAGACGCUGGAAGGUUCUAUCUGGGAGCCCGAUGCAGAUAUUGCUUGUAACACUCUUGGUCCAAACGAAGUCGAGGUCAAGGUAUCACACAUCUCGACACCGAGUACUGGCUCUGAGGCUCAGGCGGUUAGCACAUUAGGAACACAGCUAGCCGGUGUUAUCACCAAGGUUGGCUCAGGUGUCGUUGGCGUAAGUCAAGGUAACCAUGUAUUCCUUCUCCGGAACUCGCCAGGCUGUUCCACACUGGUCCGUCAGGACGCGUCCAGGGUUCGCAAAGUACCGUCCAAUAUCCCGCCGGCAGCGGCAGCGACACUGGCAUGGCUCUACUUGGCCGCGGCUUAUAUUCUUGAAGACGUCGUUCGUCUUCAGCAUGACGAUAUCGUACUGAUCCAUGAUGGAGCAUCUGUCUAUAGCCAGGCACUCGUCACUGUCGCAUGUCGUCUUGGUGGGAAAGUAUUCACCACAUAUUCCACACCUGAUGAGCGAAGAAGGCUUGUCCAAGACUUUAGCCUCGACGAGAAUAUUCUGGUUCACGAUGGAGGGUUCAUGACUCCCUCUUACCUCCUGCAUAGAACUGGCGGUAGACAUAUCGAUGCCUUCAUUACUGCAAAUCCAUCCGCGACAUUGACGCAGGAUCUCCAGAAGUGGGUAGCCGACUAUGCUCGAAUUGCGGUUCUAUCUCACGGCGAGGCCAAGAGCCUGCCUAUCAAUUUGAGCGGGCGCAACCUCAAUCUGUCAACCAUCGAUCUUGAGCACAUAUUGACGGCCAACUCGAGCCCAGUACAUCGUUUGCUUCCCCGCCUAGACCAGUAUCUGCAGCCAGGAUUCAAGUUCCCAGUCACUACAGUCCCUAUCGCAGAUGCGCCAAAGAUCUCAAAGCUCUUCAAUAGCUCCGAGAAUCAAGGCAUCCUAGCUCUCGAACUCUCAGAUAAUCUAGAGGUUCCUGUAGCCACUCAAAAAGCGGACCCUCUACAACUCGACCAUGAUGGGACCUAUAUACUGGCUGGCGGGUUGGGCUCGCUGGGUCUCCGCAUCUCAAAGCUCAUGGCCCACCAUGGAGCGGGACAUAUCGUGCUCCUGUCUCGAUCGGGAAGCAAGCCCAAGUAUGAGCCUGAUCUGAGAGAGAUAGCUGCGCUCGGCACCAAUAUUGACGUGCUCCGGUGUGAUGUCACCUCGGAGGACAACGUCAAAAGCACUGUGGCCUCUCUUUUGGGAGAUGGAAGAAAGAUUCGAGGUUUUGUACAGUGCGCCAUGGUUCUGCAAGUGAGUCUUCAGACCAAUGAUCCUAUCAUCUUUGACAACAUGACCCACGAACAGUGGCAAAAGGCCUACGACCCCAAGGUCUCCGGUACCUGGUACCUGCACAAGGCUUUGCCCAAGGAUCUCGACUUCUUCAUCAUGCUCUCAUCUGUCGUCUCCGUCAUCGGCAACGUCGCCCAGGCCAACUAUGCCGCCGGCAACUCGUGGAUGGACGCCCUGGCGCACUACCGCCGGACCGGGCUGGGCUUGCCGGCAGUCUCGCUCAACGUCGGCAUCGUCAUGGAUUCGGACCACACCAUCGACGGCGCUGCACUCGCCGAUGGCGGGUACCUAGAGCGCUUUGGCCACAUGGCGGCUGUGAGCACGACACUCGAUGAACUCGAUAUCGGGCUGACGGCUAGUAUGCGCGGCCAUACUGUCUUUGAUGGCGAGCUGGUGCCGCCCCAGCUGGUGUUCGGCAUGAACGCAGCUCUUGUCCCCUCUCGUGACCAGUGGGCGCGCGACGCCAAGUUUGUUCAUCGUGUUGCACCGGUUAGCGACGAUGUGGCUGGCUCGGAUGACCAGGCCGGCCCAUCGCUUGUCGAGCAACUCAAGGGCGUCGCGUCACCGCCCGAAGCGUCUUCUAUAAUCAUGGAUAGUCUCAAGAAACAUCUCGCGCCAAGUCUGGGCAUCCAAGCCGCCGAUAUUAGUGACGAUGAGCCGCUCUACACAGUCGGAGUGGAUUCUUUCAAGGCUAUAGAGAUCCGUAACCAUGUGUUCCGCGAGCUCAAGAGUGAUAUCUCGGUUUUUGAGAUCCUCAGCCCCACGCCUCUGGCGCAGCUCGCAUCGGUGAUAGUGUCGCGAAGUCAGCUGGUCAAGAUUGAGGGCCAAAAGUCAGAGGAACCGGUGGCAUGA